AUGUCUCAACAACUAAUCUCGCUCCCAGCCAGUCAAACAAAAUUCUCUUCCGAUCUCUUUGGUGAAUUGCUAACAACAUUAUCCGGUAACAAUCUUGUAUUUUCUCCCUUGUCUAUUUUUAUGGCUCUUUUAAUGACACUCGGAGGAGCUGAUGGAGAAACGUUGACUGUGAUGAAGAAGGCUCUUCAUAUUGCAAUCAAUAAUACUGAUAUAAAGAGAUGGAGAGAAAAUACAAUGAAGGGAUAUGUGAAAGAUACAAUGUCUCUUGUCAAGAAUAAUCCUGAUAUGAUUUCAAUGGCUAAUAGAAUUUUCUUGGAACAAUCGUCUAUGAUAUUGGAAGAUUAUAAGAGCUGGGUCGAAAAUACUUUUGAAGUUUCUGUUCAAUUGAGUAAUUUUGUUGGAAAUUCGAAUGAAGAAAGGUUGAAAAUCAAUGAGUGGGUUGAAAAACAAACUAACAAUCUGGUCAAAAACUUGUUGUCUAGUUCUAGUAUUGAUUCAUCAACUGUGAUUGUGUUGGUGAAUUGUAUAUAUUUCCUUGGAAAAUGGAAAACCACUUUCAAUGUGUCUGAAACUCUUUCAAAUCAAGUUUUUAGAACAGUUAAUGGAGACACUAAUUCAGCAACAUUAAUGAAUAUGCGAAAUAAGCAAAUAUUAUAUGGAGAGAAUUCACAAGUUAAAUAUGUUAAUCUUCCUUAUGAAAAUCCUGGAUAUUCCAUGUACUUUGUCAUGUCCUCUGAUGAUGCUACCAUUUCAGAUAGCACGGAAAAAGAAACUGAGAAAUGGCUGUCAGAACAAUUGAAAAACAAUUCCCUAAAACAAGUUCUUCCUACACUCGAGAAAAAACUCAAUCAUCUUACAAUUCCAAAAUUUGAAAUUGAAUAUGACAUCUCACUGAAAGAUAUCUUAUCGAAACAACCAUUUGAUAUGAGUGUUGCUUUUUCAGCACAUUGUGAUUUGAGUAACAUGAUUGGAAAUUCUAUUCAAAUAUCAGAUGUAAUUCACAAGUCAGUAAUAAGAGUAUCAGAGCAAGGAACAGAAGCUGCAGCAGCCACUGCUGUUAUUGGUACAAGGAAAAGCAAACCAAGAAUUUACAACUUUGUGGCAGAUAGACCAUUUAUUUUUGUGAUAGCUCACGAAGAUACAAUACUAUUCAUGGGAAAGGUCAAUAAAUUGUAA